CUUGAGGAGCACAGCUCAGUAAUUCAGCACCACAGUCUAGUGGACAGCGCACAACACACAGCGCAACGGAGAACAGCAAAUGCCAGUGGAUGGAUUCAACCAGUAGUACAAUUCUAAGACUAAAAUAGAUUCAAGAUAGGUCUAUUUCAAAACUUUAUAUUCUAACUAAAGUCAUCUUUCAGAGGAAAACUUCGUUGGAUAAAGAGUUUCUCAACUCUUCGCUUGCGUGAUGCUGAUGUAGGCAAAAGUGCUAUUUGGGAUGACUGAAUGCCCCGGGCGCCUGGAAUCGGGGUCUAGAUAGGCGUUAGGAGUGUUGUGGAGCUGCCGGAGAGCCCCUCCAUUAUUAAGAAGGAUGCUGGUGGGAAAUGCCUGGAGACAGAGAGGACGAGAUUUUUCGAAAGGCUCUGGAACUGCUGUCAGAUCUCUGUUCUAGGGGUGAAGUGCAAAAUGACAACUGUGUGGAUUUUAUAUACUAUUUUCGAGAUCUUGCCAGACCAAGAUACUCAGAUUCAGAUGUGUCGGUGAGCCUGCUGUCUCUGGUGGUGACCACCUGUGGCCUAGCCCUUUUUGGUGUCUCACUUUUCGUCUUGUGGAAGCUGUGCUGGGUGCCAUGGCGCGAUCGUGGCCUCCCCGACGGCCUGAAGGAUGGCCAGGGAGACCAGCAGCCAGUCCUGAUGGAGGUGGAUGGGGCGGAGAAUGAGUACAGUGAGGACUGUGUCAAGGAGCCCUCAGGCCUGUUAGUCCCAGAGGCAAUCAUGAAGAUCAGCCACACAUCCCCAGACAUCCCCCUGGAGGCCCAGGCCAAGGCCAAGGAGAACCAUGUCCGCCACAUCACCCGCGUGCAGCGCCAGAUCACUGAGCCCACCUCCUCUGUCCGGCACAACUCCAUCCGCCGCCAGAUGAACCUGUCCAACCCAGACUUCAACAUGGGCCAGUUCCAGAGACAGGAGUCCCUGGCCACUCUGGGCCGGAUCAAACCCGAGCUCUACAAGCAACACUCUGUGGACACGGACGACGGCAGGAGGGAUGACAGCUGCGGCCGGAUACAUUUCAUCCUCAAGUUCGACUGUGACCUGGAGCAGCUCAUCAUCAAGAUCCACAAGGCCCAGGAUCUACCGGCCAAGGAUUUCUCAGGGACCUCUGACCCUUACGUCAAGAUCUACCUGCUCCCCGACCGCAAGACCAAGCACCAGACCAAGGUGCACCGCAAGACCCUCAACCCCGUGUUCGAUGAGGUCUUCCUGUUCCCCGUGGCCUACACUGAGCUGCCCACACGCAAACUGCACUUCAGCGUCUACGACUUUGACCGCUUCUCCCGUCACGACAUCAUUGGCCAGGUGGUGGUGGAUAACUUCCUGGACCUUGCAGACUUCCCCAGAGAGACUAAACUCUGUAGGGACAUUCAAUACGUCACCUCGGACAAUGUGGACUUGGGGGAUCUCAUGUUCUCCCUGUGUUACCUACCAACGGCUGGAAGGCUGACCAUCACAAUGAUCAAGGCUAGGAACCUCAAAGCCAUGGACAUCACUGGAGCCUCAGAUCCCUAUGUGAAGGUGUCUUUAAUGUGUGAGGGACGGAGAUUGAAGAAGAGGAAAACAUCCACAAAGAGAAACACUCUGAAUCCAGUCUACAACGAAGCCAUAGUAUUUGAUGUCCCUCCUGAGAACAUUGAUCAGAUCAAUCUCCUAAUAGCAGUGAUGGACUACGAUCGUGUAGGUCACAACGAAGUCAUUGGAGUGUGUAGGGUGGGCAAUGAGGCGGAGAGCCUGGGCCGAGACCACUGGAACGAGAUGCUGUCGUACCCCCGCAAGCCCAUCGCCCACUGGCACACCCUGGUAGAGUGGGUGGGUCAGGGGACUGCAUGUGGAAGCCAGGGCGGUUCCACCAACUCUCUGAAGACUCCUCCCUCACCAUGAGGAGAACACAGGGUGGUGAAGGAGAGGAACAGCAGAGAGCCCCAGCAUCAAGAGAGGAGGAGAGAGCCGUAUGCUAGUAAUGGUAGAUGUUACACUUGGUUUCUCCGACAUAGAUUAAGCUUAAUAAUAAUAAUAUGCCAUUUAGCAGACGCUUUUAUCCAAAGCGACUUACAGUCAUGCGUGCAUAC